ACUACACUGAAACAAACCUCCCCGACCUGCAACUACAACGUGCAGAGAGGCAGAGCAGCCCACACGGGCACCCCACCGCCCACGGCCGCCGUGCGCUUCCUUCCCGGCCGCCGCCUUCCAGCUUCCGCGCUUUCCCCAUCCCGCAUUCCCGUUCACCAUCUACGAAACAGAGGAGAGGAAUGGCCAUCUCCUCCUUCCUCUCCGUUCGCGGGCGCCCAAUCGUCGUCGUCGUCGCCGUCACCCUCUUCAUUUUCCUGUCCUCUCUCUUCCUCUUCUUCAGCCCCGGACCGUCGGCGCUCCCAUUUUUCUCCUCCUCAUCCUCACACGUCUCCUCUCAAGUCUCAAUUCCCGACUCCUCUACCGCAUCUUCACCCGAAACCCCAACCCCUAUUGCCGGCAGCAGCAGCACUUCUGUUGAUCGCGUCUCUGCUGACGCAUCUCCGCCCGUAACCGGAACCGCCAUCGCGUCUGAUGCGGUCAGCAACAGCACCGCGGACCCGCUUCGGCCAGAUGUCACCGCCGCUGCGGGCGCUGGUGACGCGGAGGCUGGCGUGCCCCAACCAGAUCACGGCAUGCCCUCUGCCGCCACUGAAGCGAUAGCGAGUGGAUCGGCUGGCAACGGUGAUACAGCCGCGGGAGUCUCGAGCGAGCGAGAUGAGGAGGGGCAAGGCGGCGCCGGCGCCGUUGAGGAGCCGGUGGAGCUGCCGUCGUGGGAGCUGUGCAAGGUGGGGAAGGGGGUGGAGGCCGCGGACUACAUCCCCUGCCUCGACAACGUGAAGGCGAUCAACGCACUCAUGUCGCGGCGGCACAUGGAGCACCGGGAGAGGCACUGCCCGACGGAGCCGAGACCGAGGUGCCUCGUGCCUCUGCCCGAGAGAUACCGGCGUCCGGUGCCCUGGCCGCGCAGCCGUGACAUGAUUUGGUAUAACAAUGUUCCUCACCCAAAGUUAGUGGAAUACAAGAAGGACCAGAACUGGGUCCGGAAGUCUGGUAACUAUUUUGUUUUCCCUGGAGGUGGGACUCAAUUCAAAAAUGGCGUGACCGCAUACAUUCGAUUCAUUGAACAGAUUUUACCAAACAUUCAAUGGGGAAUCCAUACAAGAACUGUCCUGGAUGUUGGAUGUGGUGUUGCCAGCUUUGGCGGAUACUUGCUUGAUCGGAAUGUCAUUACCAUGUCCUUUGCACCCAAAGAUGAGCAUGAAGCUCAGAUUCAGUUUGCACUGGAGCGUGGGAUUCCAGCGUUUUUGGCAGUGAUUGGAACACAAAAGCUCCCUUUCCCUGAUAAUUCAUUUGAUGUCAUCCACUGUGCAAGGUGUAGGGUCCACUGGUAUGCUGAUGGUGGAAAACCAUUGUUGGAGCUCAAUAGAAUACUCAGGCCUGGAGGAUAUUACAUUUGGUCUGCAACACCUGUCUAUCGCAAAGACCCAAGAGAUAUAGAUGAUUGGAAUGCGGUGGUUGCUCUGACCAAAUCGAUCUGCUGGAGGACAGUGGUAAGGUCUCGAGAUAUCAACAAGAUCGGAGUUGUUAUAUACCAAAAGCCGACAUCAAAUUCAUGCUACAUUGAGAGAAAAAAUAAUGAACCGCCUCUGUGCUCUGAGAGUGAUCGAUCACGUUUCCCUUGGUAUAAACCUCUCGAUAGUUGCCUAUUUCCCUCAGUUCCAAGUUCAGGUGGAGGAAAUAGUUGGCCCAUCCCAUGGCCUGAAAGACUUAAUAUGAAGCACUCGACUACAUCUAACAAUUCUUCCAUUCAGUUUCCUCAAGAAAAAAUUGAUUCUGAUACAAAUUAUUGGAAGGGCCUUGUUUCAGAAGUAUAUCUCAAUGAAUUUGCAGUUAAUUGGUCUAGUGUUCGCAAUGUUAUGGACAUGAAUGCGGGUUUUGGAGGAUUUGCAGCAUCAAUAAUUGAUCGACCGUUGUGGGUUAUGAAUGUUGUACCUGUUGAUCAGCCAGAUACAUUGCACAUCAUUUUCAACAGAGGUCUGAUUGGGGUAUAUCAUGACUGGUGUGAAUCGUUUAAUACAUACCCACGGACUUAUGAUCUUCUUCACAUGAGUCAUCUCUUAGGGCCUCUUACGAAAAGGUGCCACAUCAUUGAAAUUGCGGCUGAAAUUGACAGAAUACUUAGACCUGGUAGAUGGUUUGUGCUGCAAGACACUAUAGACGUGAUAAGAAAGAUGGACCCUGUUCUCAGGUCUUUGCAUUACAAGACUCAAAUUGUCAAACAUCAAUUUCUUCUUGCCACCAAGGGUUUCUGGCGUCCUGGCAGUACAGAUUCUAAGUCAUGAUGAUUCUGGCUUCCACGCAAAUUGGUAUUGGUGCCAUGGACUCAUUGUGUUGAUUCUUCUUAUUCUUUUUGUGUGGAUUCUUCUCAUGGCAUAGAUGAUUUCAAGUUCCAACUUCCCUGCUUUGUUUUAUUGUUUUUAAAAAUGUUUUGGCCUUGACCAUUCAAAUUUCUGUUUGGUAUUGCAAACAGGUUAAAUCAAUAGGUUAGUGCUGACAAGUCUGUUAGGUGAAUUCUAUAAUUUUUUAAUAUAUAUUUAGCUAUAAACUUCAACUGUAUGUCAUAGAUAUUGUAUAUAAAAUUCUUGCCUUCUUGCAAACGAACAAGUAUGACCUUUGAAUUAUUUCUUUGUUA